UUGUCAGUUGUGGUCCAAUAAUCAAUUUAGAUUUGAAGUUUGUUUAUGCCGGGAUUGUACUGUUCCAAAAUUACUUAAAUCAAUAUUAAUGUAUAGUAAUAUUAAGAAUAAUUGUAACCUGAGUAUAAAAUAAAUCGACUUCUGUGCCUUAUCUCAUAAGUAAUAAAACAUAUAAGGUUCCCUGAAAAAACAUAGCAGAUGGAAGAUGAACUAAAUUCCUCUGAACUGGGUUCACAAACCUACUGGCAAGACACAUAUGUAAAGGAGCUAGAUAACUAUGAACAGAGUGGAGACAUUGGUGAUGUCUGGUUUGGAGAAGACAGUGCUUUGCGGAUCAUUAAGUGGAUAUGUGGCUGUGGUUUGGAAAAGGACUCACCUAUUAUUGAUUUAGGUUGUGGAAAUGGGUUUACAUUAUCAGCAUUAGCUGAUGAGGGCUUUUCAAACUUGCUAGGUGUAGAUUACUGUGAGGAAGCUAUAGCUCUGGCAGAGAAAGUUAAUAAAGAAUAUGCAAUGCUGAAAUUUAAGGUUUUUGACAUAAUCAAUGAUGAUGCAGCAUCACUUGGUAAAUUUGGAGUAGUACAUGAUAAAGGAACUUAUGAUGCAAUAUGUUUGAAUCCAAAUGUAAAAGAAUAUAGACCAAAAUAUAUACAACAAGUUGUUGACAUGUUAAAUGAUAAUGGUUUGUUUGUAAUAACAUCAUGCAAUUGGACUGAAUCGGAAUUAAUAAAUCAAUUUAGUGAGAAAUUGAAAUUGAAAUGUGUCAUACCGACGCCCCAAUUUAAAUUUGGUGGGAAAGUUGGAAGUGUUGUUUCAUCUGUGGUAUUUGAAAAAAUAAUAAAGAACUAAAUUUA